CACCCCUUGCAUUUGACUUGAUUUGACUUUAGAGUGUGAAGUUGCAGCUAUUUAUUAUCAAAAUUCAAAACAUUGCAUUAAUUUUUUAGUAAAUUUUAUGUACUUUUCUGCAAAAGGGUUUCUUUAUUGAUUAUAAAAAUGUCUGGUCACGUAUCAAUAAGGCUCGCAUCGGAGAGAGUUAACCAUUGCGUAGCUUCUAACAACGAAUUGCCUCAAUUCUACACUCCUGGUGAGGUUAUAACUGGCACGCAAGAUUUUAUGCGCGGUCAUGGAACUUACGUGGAAGACGACUCUCUCAAAGCCUCUGUGGCAGGUGUUAUGCAGAAAGUAAACAAAUUGAUAUGUAUCAGGCCGUUGAAAAGUCGCUAUGUGGGUGAGAUAGGUGAUGUUGUGGUAGGUCGAGUUCUGGAAGUGCAACAAAAGCGAUGGAAAGUUGAAACUAAUUCAAGACUCGAUUCUAUUCUUCAACUGUCUUCAGUAAACUUACCAGGAGGCGAAUUGAGACGCAGAUCAGCGGAAGAUGAACAGAUGAUGAGGAAACACUUGCAAGAAGGUGAUUUGAUCAGCGCUGAAGUACAGAGUGUGUUUUCAGAUGGUUCAUUAUCAUUGCACACAAGGAGUUUGAAAUAUGGAAAGCUGUCACAAGGGGUUCUAAUUAAAGUUUUCCCAUCAUUAAUCAAAAGACGCAAAAAUCAUUUCCACAAUUUGGCAUGUGGUGUCUCUGUUAUAAUAGGCAACAAUGGAUACAUAUGGAUCAGCCCGCAGAAACAAGACAUAAUGGUUGAUGAUAAUAGAGAAGAUAUUCAAAACUAUGAAAUGCAGCCAAUAACUAAGUCAGGAAGAGAAACAAUGGCGCGUGUUAAAAAUUCCAUAAUGGCUCUAGUAGCCUCUAAGAUGAUGCUCGACGACACAAGCAUCAUGUUUGCUUAUGAAGAGAGCUUGAAAUACGAUGAAGUAAAAGACCUUCUCGAUCCUGAGGCCAUGCUCGAUAUCGCAUUCCUUACUCAACACAGAAUAAAUGAAGUUAUGGAUAGUUAAA